GGUGCGCAGUGAAUGACGAGUACGUGUUGUAACGAAAUAAUAAGAGUACCAAAUGUAUCAUUUAAACGUGACUAACAUGCCAAGUUACUUACAUGGUAAUCGUGACGCACUGGAGUGAACUCCAAUCUAGAUGAGACAAAGAUCACUGGAUUUGCCCAGAGAGACGAAACGACGAGAGAACGUAAUUAUUGUAAUAUGAUAUUAGUGAGAUGAAGGUGACGGUGUGUUUCGAUUCAGUGAGAGUUGUGGUGCCUUGUGGCGAUGGUACCCUUUUGGUGCGUGAUUUGAUGCACGAGGCGAUAUUGAGGUAUCGCAAGGCCACUGGUAGGACAGAUCCUGGUCCUGCCAUAACGUCAUUGUCAUCCUUGACUGGAGGUGGACUGCUCGAUCCCGAUGAUCGUCUGUGCGAUGUUGCUGAUGAUCGGGAGCAGAUUGUCGCCCAUUUCAGUGGCAAUGAGGUGCCCCACGUGGGUGGAGAUGGUGCUAGCUCAGUGGGGACUAAUAGUCCGGAUUUCUUUCAUCAUCAUGUUGACGUUCAUGGGCGAGUGUCAUCGGGGAUGAGACGAGAGAGCAAGAGGUUGUCCAUGCAUGCCACGUCCACCAGGGAACCAAGUCAGACGACUUAUUCGGCGUCAUCGUUGCCGAGGGAGUCCAGGAGACGAGAACCCCUGGGUCAGGAUGCCAAGGCAGCUUUUGAGCUCUCCAAUAAAAGUGAGGCCUCGUCGAUGAUGAGGGACGAGAUUCGUGAGAUUGUCAUUAAGAAUGAUGCUGGUCCUCUGGGCAUUCAUUGGCUUCCCUGUCACGACCUCUCUGGGGAUGACCAGGGGCUCAGGGUCGAGGGCAUCGAGCCCAAUGGGAGAAUUGGCAAGGAUGGACAGAUCGAUCUCCACGACAAGAUCAUAAAAAUCAACGGCCACAGUCUUCUUCGGAUACCGUAUAAUAAAGUCGAAGAGAUCUUUCGAUCCUGCAUGACAGAGCCCUGUCUCAGAAUUUCGGUUGUCAAGAGCAGAAAAAAUUUGGAGAAAAUGGGCCCCAAGGGGCUUCCUGAUAAAUCUGAUGAGGCAGCGGAUAGCAGGAGACUUCAGUGUAGCACUUAUCAUUUACUGCAGAAUGCCAACACGAGGAAAAUUGGGAGAAUCAUUGAGAUCGAGUUGACCAAGGGAUCUGAGCCCCUGGGGUUCAGUGUUACCACGAGGGAUAAUCCUGCGGGUGGUCAUUGUCCUAUUUAUAUUAAAAAUAUUCUUCCAAGAGGGCCUGCGGUUGAGGAUGGACGACUGCGACCUGGGGAUCGACUGCUUGAGGUGAAUAAUGUGGAGAUGACUGGCAAGAGUCAGGAUGACGUCGUUUCCCUGCUGAGGAGCAUCCCUCCAGGGGGAAAAGUCAGGAUUACAGUGUCAAGACAGGAGGAUGUACCCAGUACAGAAACAACUGAGGUCACUCCCGAUAAGCCAAUAUGCCAGGAGAUGAGAUUCUCGCCGAAGAAGGCAGUGCCCAAGGAGGAGUCACCUCCAACGACGCCUUUUAAAGUGCCUUUGGACGAUGUCGUCCUAUCCCCUAGGAAAAAUAGAAUGAUACUGACACUGGAUAUACCAGUACACGAUUCGGAGAAGGCUGGACUUGGGGUCAGUGUCAAGGGUAAAACCAGCAGCACCGAUGACAACUCGAGUAUGGACCUUGGUAUUUUUAUAAAAUCAGUACUUAAUGGUGGGGCAGCUUCUAGAGACGGUCGUCUACGUACCAACGAUCAAUUGCUCAAUGUCAAUGGCAAAUCUCUGCUUGGUUUGUCAAAUUCAAAGGCUAUGGAGACACUGAGGAGUGCCAUGCUCAAUACAAACAGCUCAGUCACUGGUGUAAUAACAUUGACAAUAGCGAGGAGAGUCUCACCCUCGUACGAUAAUUGUGAUGGUAUCGGUAAAAUUGAGACUGCUAACAGUAUUUAUGUUUUGGAUGAGGGAAAAUCAGAUAAGAAUGGAGUGAAUCAGGAAAUUGUCGACGAGGGGAUGUUGCCAUCUUCAUCGUCACCCUGGAAUCCAGUUAUCGAUAGAUUAACUGAACAAUAUAAUAAGAAUAGUUUGAGGAAUGAGAGUUAUUGUUUGGCGACUAAUAAGACGUGGAUCGAAGGGAAAAAGGUGGCGAUUGGGGAGCAGGAGCUGCUGCUGGAGGAGUCCAGUGAGAAUCCAGAGGAGAAGAAGAGCGACGAGCGGGAUAGUCAUUAUGACAGUCAGUUGUCACUCGAGGAAUUUAAUUCAGCGAAAUUCUCGAGGGAUGCCUUGGGCAGGCAGAGCAUGUCUGAAAAACGACAUGCUGCGUUGGAUGCUAAGAACACGGACACCUAUAAGAGGAAUAAAAAGAUCAGGGAGGGCAGGGAGAAGGAGAGUCAGGAGGGGCAGGAGAAAAAGGAGGAGGAGAGGGAGGUGCGGGAGGAGAAGGGUGAGAGCUCGUUUGAGGCUGCUAGGAAGAAGUUUGAGAGAUUCGAGAAAAAUUCAGAGGCCAAAGCCGAAUAUAUUUACACCAUUCCUGGAUGCAAUAGCAAGUACAUAUCGCCUAGGAAGCACUGGUUGGUGGAUGAGGGACAUGGCAAUGUCUCCAAUGGGCAGUUCAAGGAGGAGGGAGAGGGAUUCUCCAAUAGUCGAGGGGAUGUCAAGCAAGCUUCACUCAAUUCAGCUCUUGAUGAGAGAUACAAGAGGUCCAGAAAAAAGGGAGGCAUUAGGUCCAUGCUGAGGCUCGGGAAGAAUAGAAAGUCCCUGAAUUUUGGGGAUAACAUCGAGGGCAGGCAUGAGACUAGCAAUUACUGCAGUGGAACUAUUAAUUACAUUGCAUAAUGAUUUUAUAACAGUUAUUUUUGAGAAUCGUUGGCAGUACGUGGCGAGACUAUUCCAUUUUUUUUCCUGAUUAAUCAUGUACUUAUGUAGGAGUUAGGUAUACAAUUGUAAAACUUGCACGAUUAAUUUUUUUAUUGAGAAAUAUCAGUUUCAUGUUGAAUGUUCCAAAGUGCCUUAUGAAAAAACAGGAUGAGGUGACGAUGGUCGGGAGGUCAUUGAUUUUUUUUUUCUGUGUACAUAUUAUUCUAUUUUUUUUAUAUCGGUACUUGAAUCGAAUCAUGUAAUCUAUUUUGCAAACAAUAAAUGAUUUUUUUCUUUGCACGAUGCAACUGACGAGUUCUUCAA